UGAUUUCAAGGCUAAAAAAAAGGAAAUUGUUGGGUCUUUUAAAGCAAAAUUCGUAACAUGUUUCUGUACUGUGUUAUAUUGACAUUGACAUUGACGAUUUAGUUGUUUGAGGCUCUAAGUAGAGCCUAUUCAACUAUCUGGUAAUGAACGACAAUAAUGCAUGGCGUGCAGGCUAGACAAAUCAGUUUUGGCAGGUGGGGUUGUAAAUAGUUGGGAGAUCUUUCCAAUAUUCGUCCAGACGUCUCUUAAAUGUGUCCACGUUUGGAGCUGACACCACUGAUUCGGGAAGAUUGUUCCAAAUAGUAUUAACCCUAUUCUCAAGAAAGUUUGCCCUCACACACAAUCUGCUUCUUAAUUGCUUCUGGGGCUUCUCUGAGUUGCCACGGAGUUGUGUGGUUGUUGCCUUUGUAAACGCUGGUCUUUCAGUGAUGUAGUAGCCUUUGAUAUACUUGUACGUUUCUAUCAUAUCACCACGUAACCUACGAUGUUCCAGGGAUGUAAGCUUUAGUUUUUUCAGUCUUUCAGAAUAAGGCUUUUCUUUGAGGUGACUCAGCAUUUUGGUAGCCCGCCUUUGAACCUGUUCAAUUUCACUACAUAGUCCUUUUCAAAGGGUUGCCAAAUACGAGACAGUGUGCAUACUCCAAUAAAGGCCUCACCAAACUUUUGUACAGCGAAACAAACAUAUCCUCUGAAGGGUAAUCAAAUGAUCGCCUAAUAAGUCCAACAAUACGGUUCGCUUUUGAUGUCAUCUGGGCCACGUGCUCCUUGAAGGUUAGUUUAUUAUCGACAACAACUCCUAAGUCUUUUUCUCUCUUUGUUGCAUUCAGUUUGUGUCUUGGGGUGCUACCAUCCACUGCUUGGUCCAUAAAGUAUUCGUUAUCUUUGUCUUUGCCAACUUUUAGGACACAACACUUUUGGGGGUGAAAACGAAGUGACCAUCGUUGAGACCAUUCUUGGAGGGUAUCCAAAUCGUCUUGUAAAUCUUGCGGUCCAUUCAAGGUGUCACUUCGAACGAAGAGCUUUGUGUCAUCAGCGAACAUUUUGGCCGUCGUUGUAAGUCCUCUGGGAAGAUCGUUGACGUAAAUUACAAAUAAAAGGGGGCCAAGAACUGAUCCUUGCGGGAUUCCACUUGUAACUUCAGCUUCCUACGACCGUGAUCCAUUUAUAACAACUCGUUGUUUUCUGCUAGUCAAGAAGUCCACAUAAAUGACACCCAUUGACCCUCCUUCAUCCAUAAUACUCGUCCAGUCAUCUAAAGCUUCCAAUAAUUGUGUUAUACAUGAACGUCCAGUGACGAAUCCGUGUUGGUCUUUAGAAAUCAGCAUGUUGUGUGCAAUAUGGUUCAUUAUGUGCUCUCUUACGAGCUUUUCCAUAACUUUGCAGAUAACACAUGUUAGGCUCACAGGUCGAUAAUUGUUAACUGCCGCCUUGUUACCUUUCUUGAAUAUUGGUGACACAAAUACCGUUUUCCAUUCCACUGGUAAUACUCCAUCAUUUAGUGUCCUCCUAAAGAGAAUUCUUAGAGGUAGUGCAAGUAUGUCAGCUGCCUGGGAUAAUACUCUGGGAGAGAUACCAUCUGGUCCCGUUGCCUUGUUGACAUCAAGACUAAUCAAAAGUUCUUUUACUGUCACCGUUUCAAUAUUGAAGUCUUGAAGUUCUGUGUUGUAGUCAUACUCUUCAAAGUCUAGGAGUGGUCCUGUGUCCUCGUUCGUAAAAAUACUCAGAACAUUUUUUAUUUAGUAGUUCUGCUUUCUCUGUAUCUGAUUUUGUCUUUGUCCCAUCGUCCUUGUUUAGGUCUGCGAUACCGAUCUUACUCUUAAUCUUUGAGUUGGCAUAAGUGUAAAAUACCUUGGGGUUCUUCUUUGCCUCAAUAGCCAAUUUCUUUUCAUAAUUCCUGUUUGCCUUCCGACAUGCUUUCCUAGCCUUGUUGUUGGCCUUGUUGUAUGUUAUUUCAUCCGUUGUCUUUCCCGUCCUAUGCCAUUUUCUGUAAGCACGAUGUUUCUUCCUCACUGCCUCUAAUGUGUCUUUAUCCAGGUAUCUUUUAUUUUUCCUCCCUGAAAUAUUCAUCAGCGGUGUUGAAGCCCCAAUGGCACCCUCAAUUUUGCUCUUGAUGACAGACCAAGUGUCUUCAACGUUCUUGUUCGCAAGCUCACUCUCCCAGUCAUAUGCUCGUAGGUCCUCCCUCAGUUUCUCAACAUCUGUUUUUCUAAAGUUUCUCCUAGUUACUUUGGGUGCGGUACCUGCUGAUAAUGACAGAGUCACAAGCAGACAAAGAUGAUCACUUUCACCUAUCAUCGACUUUGAUGUCUGUAACCAGCUGUUCAGUAUUUGUAAAGACUAGAUCUAGAAUGUUAGGAGUAUCACCUCUUCUAUAUCUUGUGGGAGUCUUUUGGUGCUGUAUGAAGAAUGCGUCUUUUCUAGCCUUGAGGAAUUUAGUAGCAAUGUGUUUUUCAUCAGCGUUGCUAGUUUCAGUUUCCCAAUCAAUUUGUCUGAAAUUAAAGUCACCCAUUAUGAUUUUGUGAGUCUCUUUUCUCAGUAACACCAGUUCAAAGAGUUUGUUCAGCUUCCGUACAUCCUCCUCAGCUGUAGGGCUGUGUUGACUUAUAUAAAUCAGUCCAAUGAGUAAUGAAACACCAUCCUUAAGAACACAUUUUACAAAACGUUUUUCACAAAAGCCAUUGUCCAAGUCAUCACACACACCCUCGCAUAUAUGUAUAUGAGCAUCUCAAUGUUUCGAAUAUGUUUUUAUUCUGCCCUAUUUUUGCGAAUUGUAGUGACCGUUGCAGUUGUACCAAAUCAAAAACGUGGUUAAACAGGGGACAUAGGCCUUGUUAGCUUAAGAUUUUAAAGAUAUCUAUUUGUACGCUCCCCUGGUUGUCAUUUUGCCAUGGUAGUUCUCUCCCUUCGAGCCUCGUUUUCGGGGGUGUAGCUCUUGAGCCCGACACUGAAAAAAAUAUUUGGUAGCCAUUUUGCUCGUCAAAUCAGUGUUAUUGUUUCAAUUCUUUGAUAUCUUUGCCUCCUCCGGGAUGGGGGAAACAAAGAUUAUCUACCACAUUGAUGAUGAAGACACUCCUUAUUUAAUUAAGCUUCCAAUACCGGCGGAUCGUGUUACUCUUGGAGAUUUCAAGAAUGCCUUGAACCGGCCAAACUUCAAGUUUUUCUUCAAGUCUAUGGACGAUGAUUUCGGGGUGGUGAAGGAAGAAAUUUGUGAUGAAGACGCUCAUUUACCUUGCUUUAAUGGAAGAGUUGUGUCAUGGCUGGUGGCCGCGGACAACAGCGCCUCGGACAGUCAGUCGGUCACCGACUCACAGACCGGGGAUGUGGUACAGUUGCCCACGGAGAGGGUGGCCGGCAUCGGUGACAGCCGGCCUCCGUCUUUUCAGCCCGCGAGUGAACGGACACGCCAAGCACGAGAGGCACAGAGACCCUCGCGGCCUCUACGAGACCUCCACCAUGCUCAGCAGUGACCUUGAGUCCACCAGCUUCAUCGACUCAGAGGAGGACACGGCUAGCAGGUUUUCUACCGUCACAGAUACAACGAGUAUGUCGUCCAAAUAUGGGCGUCACAGACGGCGCAGACGCCGGCACAGGCCGCCGCCAAUAAGCCGGGUGGGUAUCAACAAGGCGUCAUCGUUUAGCAGUAUAACGGACUCUACGAUGUCUUUAAAUAUCAUCACAGUCACUUUAAACAUGGACACGGUGAACUUUCUUGGGAUCAGUAUUGUGGGACAGAGCAACAAAGGGGGAGAUGGGGGGAUCUACGUCGGCUCUAUCAUGAAAGGGGGUGCUGUGGCCCAGGACGGCCGGGUGGAGCCUGGGGACAUGAUCCUGGAGGUGAACGGCAUCAGCUUUGAGAACAUGAGCAACGACGAUGCCGUGAAAACGCUGAGGGAAGCUGUACAGAAACCAGGCCCAAUCGUUCUAGUCGUCGCCAAAUGUUGGGACCCGAACCCCAAGGGUUACUUCACGGUCCCGCGGCAGGAGCCUGUGCGGCCCAUCGAUCCGUCGGCCUGGGUGGCCCACACGACGGCCAUGCGGGAGCAGUACAUGGGCCGCGGCGGGCCCAGCGCACCCUCCAUCAGCAACAUGACCUCCACCACCUCCUCCUCCCUCACCAGCUCUAUACCAGAGUCGGAACGCUUUGACGACAUGAACCUGACCAUCGGCACAGACAUGGCCACAGUCGUGAAGGCGAUGGCGCAGCCAGACUCCGGUCUGGAGAUCAGGGACAGAAUGUGGCUCAAAAUCACAAUAGCCAACGCUUUUAUAGGUGCUGAUUUGGUGGACUGGUUGUUUACGCACGUGGAAGGAUUUGCGGACCGGCGAGACGCUCGCAAGUACGCCUGUCACUUGCUGAAGGCUGGCUACAUCCGGCACACGGUCAACAAGCUCACCUUCUCUGAGCAGUGCUACUACAUCUUUGGGGACUACUAUGGUGGUCCACCCAUUUACCCAGAUCUGGCGUCCCUGAACCUGGAGGAUGUGGACUCGGUGUCAGAGGCUGACCGCGACACGCUGGCCCCGCUGCCCCCGCCCUCCUGGAGCAGCAACCAGUUCCCAUACAGCUCCAGCAACUUCCUGCCCCAGAACCUGCACUAUAUCCCAGCCUACGCCCUCAACAGCGGUGACAACGCCAGCUAUGUGGGCAGCUUCGUGGACGUCCCGCCUGGCAUGCCGACGUCUGCGGUGGCGGGAGUGGGCGUGAACAUUGUGGGUGGAGCUCCGCCGGGCGUGGUGGGGGGCGGAGGUGGGGGCAGUGCCGGCAGCGUUCACAGUGCGUCAGUUGUGGGUAAGGACUGUGCAUGUCUGUCCAGCACCUACAACCAGCUCAAGCGCCUCUGGGAGAACAAAGACAAACAAACUGCUCAGCUGCAGCUCUUACAUCAGCAGCAGCAGCAGCAACAACAACAACACCACCUCCACCACCACCACCACCACCCCUCUUCCUGCACUGCUGGAGAGCUGGGGGGAGGAGGAGGAGGGGGAGAGAACUGUUUCCUCCCUGUAGGGCCCUCCCCGUCUAGUCUCCCCCACCACCACCCUGCAUGUUUGAGGGACUCCAAUAGUAGCUUAGGGAGCAGCACAUCCGGGGGCAGCAAGAAGGACCGGGAGAAGACUGGCGGCAAAUCUGGCGGGAGCGGUAGCGACACGGACGCCAGUUUGGCCAGCGCGCGGCGGGUAGGAGCGCCGUCUGCCCCGGGAGCGCCUGGCGCCCCGCCCCUGUCCAACCUGUCGUCGGUGCCUCCAGAAGUGAGCGGCAGCCGGCAGUCGUUCCGCAUGGCCAUGGGCAACCCCUCUCUCAUUGAGGCAGAAGAUAUAGACUGACGUGUGCCUGCUGGCCCAGCCUAGAUCAAAACCGUAACUCUUCCCACAAUAGCCAGCCCCGUUGUCCAUCCGCCGAGGUGUGUGCCCUCCUCGUUCCUUUGAAGAAUGCCGUCUUCUGUCGUUCCGGCCUCCAACAAUACACCACUGAUUUAUCCCGGGCUUUCUUCCUCCAUCUGCACAAAGCCUGGCUGCUGUUUCCCCGAGACUCAGUGUGUUGUUCUAAGUCCUUCGGCUGCUACCUCUCUACCUUGAUGAGCUUAGGGGAAACCACAUCAGUGUUUUCUUUUUGGCUCGCACCCUCAGACAUUGUGGAACAAAAUUUUUGUAGAUUGAAAGAAAUCGAAAUUGAUCAAUGACUGUGCUUCUUGAUUUUACUUAUUUUUUAUUUAUUUUUUUUCUGUUCAAAGUAUUUUCUGCCUAACCAUUUAGCAUAGAUUUUUGCUUUGAUUGAGCGGGUAAACAUUUUGUGUAUUCUAUAAACAAUGAGCCUGAAACUAUUUUCUGUAAUUCGUUUAUUUACUGCAAAUGAAGGAAACAUGGUUUUAAACCAGUCGCCAAGAUUUUUACAUGGAGACAAUUUUCCGUUCAAGUGAAAAAUUGGCCAUGGUUUGCCCAAGACAGCAUUUGAAAACGUAACAGACGUAUUGUAAGGGACUUUCUUUGGUAAAGAAACGUGUUUAUGGAUUGCUAGAGCCGAGAAGACGAUGUCAGUUCUGGACAUUUCUCUCGUUUUCCCCGCCCUGCCGCUGCUGUUGUGUUUUUUCAUAGGCUGUUUUUCCUCAUAAUCUGUCUAGUUUGUAAUUGCUGGUUUCAGUUUGGUGAGAGAUUAAUGGGGGUUCACAAGUGCAUAAGGUGAUCUGUUGGUGCUUGAAACAGCUGCCAGUGAACAGAUGAUAGAACAAGGUGGGGAAAGUCUUGGUACGUAAAUGAACCAUGCAGUCUCUUUCCGUUUGAAUUUUUUUUUUUUUAAUGUAUGGGCUUCUAACUGUAUAAGAAAUAGAUCUGUUUCCAAUGGAACUUUGGUCAGAAUGCGUAGAUGGGUGGGUGGGUGCAUCCACAGACACUACUUUCUACUUGUUCAACAGCCCAAGCUUUCCUUCUGGCACUUUCUCUCUCUCCAUCCGUACGUCCUCGUGUUUCUGUAACCUUUUCUCUGUAUUAUGUGUUCCGAAGAAGACAAGUCCCAAAGUUGUCAGACAGCGGGUAGAGUUAGACAUAAACAGUGCCAUCUCCCAGUCGUGUCUACCUGUGUGUCAGUUGUUCCUGAAGUCUUGUGUAAGAAGUAAAUAAUGCAGAGUCAGCAUACGUACCAGUGAGCCCCGCGUGGCGUGUGUUCGGAGUGCUGUGAAGGGAAAGUUUUGCGUCUGCCAUGAGGAGAACGUUUUGCGCCUGUUUCAUACCCGAGCUUGAGCAAGAUUUUGGAGUGAAGAGUGAGGAUUGGCUUUUUCUCUUUUUGAACUUUUGAAUCUUGGACUGUAUCAUUUUUAUCUUGAACUGUAUCAUUUUUCCCCUGUAUGUCUUCUCUGCUGCGUUAGCACGGCUUGCCACAUGAUAUAGCAUUCGCACUUUGAGCACAUUGGACCUAGUCAAUGCCCCCUGUAUGAUCUCCACACCCAGCUAUUUCCUACACACUGACCUGACACUGGGGAGCUGCACGCACACACGGGCACGUACUCCACACACACACACACUAGCACAUAGUCCACACACACGUACACGCACAGGCUGUUUACUAGUGCUGUUUGAGAUAGACCACACGCACAUAUGGGCUGUUUACUAGUGCUGUUUGACGCCACAUACACACCAACAUGGGAGCUGAGAGUCAAAUAGUUGCUUCAAUUGUUACUGAUAUUUUAUUGUCUUUUGUCACUUCUAAAGGGAGGCUAGUGGAAAUUUGCUAUGAACAGUAUUAUUUCUAAUUUCUAUUGUUAAAAUUGUUUUUAAAAUGUAUAACAGAAGCUUAAGAAAAUGUUAAAUUAGAAGCUAUAAAAACAAUUAACAGAAGCAUAAAUAAAGUAUGAAGAGGAGCACGAGUAGAUUGCAGGAAGGAUGAUGCAUGAUAAGACAGCGAGGGGAACUAGAUAGAGGUCAUGUGUAGGUCAUGGUGACUUUGGGGGCCAAUAGUGAGUGGGACAGCCCACACGUUCUUGUAGUCUCUGAGCACUGACCUGUGAGAAGUGUAAAAGUUUGUUGCUGACACUGUUCCUCCUGUAUUUCCUUCUCCCAGAUAUGAGCCUGUGGCUGUAAAGAUCCCAGUGUGUUUACACAUGUGCCUUGACGCUCCUUGCUAGGCUGAGGGAUGAUUGACCUAAGGCUGAGUUUGUCCUAGCUCUAGUUGUUCACUUAGUGGUUGUCAAGGAGGUGGAGGGGGGAAGCUGUUCUAUAAUGAGCUGGUUGUCAAGGAAGUGACAGGGGAAGCUGUUCUAUAAUGAGCUGGUUGUCAAGGAAGUGACAGGGGAAGCUGUUCUAUAAUGAGCUGGUUGUCAAGGAAGUGGCAGGGGAAGCUGUUCUAUAAUGAGCUGGUUGUCAAGGAAGUGGCAGGGGAAGCUGUUCUAUAAUGAGCUGUUUGUCAAGGAAGUGGCAGGGGAAGCUGUUCUAUAAUGAGCUGGUUGUCAAGGAAGUGGCAGAGGUUCAGGUAGAGGGGAGGUCUCAUAAUCUCACAGAUUUGUCCAAUUUGAAGG